AUGGGUCGCAACCCCGUUGCCCUUUUCAAGAAGGGGCGCAUCGACCCGCAUCCCAGAAAGCCCAACAAGCGCCCUCAUAGGCGCGGUCAGGCUGCACCCGCAGAGGAUGCACCCGUUGAACCCGCUUCCAAAAAGUCAGCCGUUCUGCAACAGGAGGAAGACGCCGGCAUUGUUACCGGCGUCAAUCUGCCCGAGCUUCCGGAUAUUGACCCCACUGACCUCAAGACUGAUGCUCGACCCGACGAGCAGGAUGAGACCGACGCUGAUGGCAUUGCCAAUGAGGAGGGUGGUCGCGCCGGCAUGACCGCCGAAGAGGCCCAGGCCAACCAAUUCAAAGUUACUGCCUCUGCCUUCCGCACAUCUCGCGAGCUGUACGCGGCGCCCUCACGGGAGGAGAUGGUUGAGCUCAAGCAGGCUCAGCUGCUUUUCAAAUCCAACAUCUUCAAGAUGCAGCUGGACGAGAUGCUCAAGCAGACCCAGGUCAAGUACCACAAGCUUCGCACGCUCAAGUCUCAUUUGCAAGCUCUCAAGACGCACCUCGAGGCCCUCCCUGCCAUUGAGACCCCCCAACUGGUACCCAUGGACAAGGGCGUCCAGGGCGUGCGCGUGCCUCUCGUCCUAGGUCAAACUGAGGCUCGCGAACUGGAGUACACCAUCGCCGCCCCCACAGCUGUCGAAGUGAUUGGCAGCCUGGCCGCCCAAACGGCUUGCAAGCCCUGCCUUCAAGUGGACCUGGCCGUCACCAUGCCCACAAGCAUGUUCCAUAACAAGGAUCACCUCAACAACCGCUACCUUGUCAAGCGUGCCUGCUUUCUGGCUCAUCUGGCUGCUCACCUGCAAUCACGCCCUGACGUGACAGAUCCUCGCUUUGAGUUUUUGAAUGAGGAUCCUUUAAAGCCUAUUCUGACAUAUCUGCCGCAGAUUGACGGUGCAGCCAGCAAGUGGCGCGUGCGUCUCUUGCCCAACAUUGACGCUUCUGAUCUCUUCAAGAUGUCGCGACUGGGUCCGGAUCGCAAUUGUCUUCGCUGCGCUCGCAACGCCUCUUUGCUUCCCGUUCAGCCAACUGAGGAUGAUUCUGAUGAGACGGCAACGCCACGUUAUAACAAUGCCAUUCUUGAGGACUGCUUUCUGACCUCAGACCACGAUGCCAUUGAUCAUUAUGCUCAAGACGAGCGUUGCACAAGCUUUGGCCCCGCUCUCAACCUCCUCAAGCUCCCACGCGAGGCGAGCAGCUACCAAAUGUUUCGCAAAGUUAUCAGUUUUUUGGCCCUGCAAGACUGGAGCAGUCAAGUCGUGCGCAUGAAGGCGAAUGCCGGCGCGGCGGCCAAAUCGAGCGGUGAUGAACAGGGUGAUGAAGCUCUUGCCGACGACGCCACCUUCCUUCAGGCCUUCGAUGCCGUCUUUUUGGCCCCGAAUGGCCGCGUCAAUCUGCUGGCUCGCACCACAAAGGCUGGCCGACAGCUUUUGCAACAGGAAGCUCGCGUGGCCCUGGCCAUUCUUGAUGACGAUCACGUCGACGGUUUCCAAGCCUUAUUCCUAUCACAGCAACGUGCCGCGCUGGCCUAUGACUGUAUCGUGCGCGUGCGUGCCACCUCCGCUGUUGCUGCCGCUUACAGCGCACAAGUUCUCAAUUACGGCGGUCAUUGGCAUGCCCUUGUGCAAUCCCUGGUGGUGGCCCUACUGACUCGUGCGCUGGGUGAUCGCCUCCACCUGGUGGUGCCCAGUGCUAAGACCACUCAGCCGUGGGCCCUUGACCAAGCCCCGAUCGACCUGAGCCCGUCGGCGUCUGCUGAUGCCACGCUCUUCUCCUUUGGGCUCCGUCUUGACGAUGCCAACACGGAGCGCUUGAUUGACCUGGGACCCAUGUCUGAUGAUGAAUCGGCUGUGGCUGCGUUCCGCGACUUUUGGGGCGCCAAGUCAGAAAUGCGUCGUUUCCAGGACAGCUCUAUUCGCGAGGCCGUGGUCUGGGAUUGUGCGCCCUCAGAGGCCUGCGAUGUGGUUAAAUGGAUCAUCCUGCACAUCUUGCAGCGACACUGCAAGCUGGAAGGCCAAAAUGUGUUUGUCCAGCACCACAGCUUCCGCCCCGUUCUGGGCACCGGUCCUAAUGAGCCUGAUCAAGGCCGCGUUGCAACGCAACACGUGAACAAACGCUUUGGUGAACUGGCUUCGGCUCUGCGCCAGUUGAAUCUGCCUCUCAAAAUUGUCGGCGUGGAGCCCGUGAGCGCCACGCAGCGCUACACUGACCCAUUCCCACCGCCCCAGGAGAAGGCCGCUCACCGUUCUUGGGCCCCCGCUUUGGAAGUUGUCUUGCAGUUGGAGAGCAGCGGUCGCUGGCCCAAUGACUGGACGGCCAUUCGCCACGUCAAGUCAGCCUUUUACAUCAAAAUUGCCAACGCUUUGGACGCUGCUCGCCUGCGCUGUCGCACGACCGUCACACCGGCCUACGUGGAUGUAGACUACGCCGGCUAUGUCUUCCGACUCGUGGUGCGCGUUGACUUUGAGCGCAACCUCGUCAAGCAGCGCUUGGAGGAGGCACAGCUGGCCCAGCGCCAACUGCGUGCGGCUGCCCGGGAUGUGCCUGAGGAGCUGGAAGAGGCCAUUGCCACGUACCAACCGGCUUUGAUUGCUUUGAACAAGUCUUUUGUUGCACUUCCUGCGCACCACGCAAUGGUCCAUAGCUAUCACAUGGCCCAUGCCUCCUUUGGCGAUGCCUGUCGCCUGUUCAAACGCUGGGUGGCUUGCCAUAUGUGCAGCGGACACUUUGAGGAGGAAGCACUCGAGCUUUUGAUGCUACAUGCAUACUCUGUGGGCAGUGGCCUGGCCCCGCCCGGCUCGGCUCAGGCUGGCUUCUUGCGUGGCCUAUCCGUCUUGGCCCAUCAUGACUUUGAUGCUGACGUUCUGGUCGUGGACCCGCAAGGCUCGCUCACGCAAGACCAGGUGGCGACUGCGCUGCGCGAGGCACGCGAGAGCCGUGCUGCGUUGCCAUCUAUCGUGAUCAUUACCCCGCAGGAUGUGUCCGGCACCCUGUUUACCAGUGCUGGACCUGGAGCUCCUAUCUUGAAUCGCCUGCGUGUGCUGGCCGCGCAGAGUCUGCGCUUUGCGGGCGAUGCUCUUGAGGACGACAGCAGCUUGAUUGGUCAGCAACGAGGCAACAUCUUGUCAAUUUUUGAGACGCCAACCAGCGACUUUGACAUUGUGCUCCAGCUCAAACCUGCGCGACUUGUGCGCAGCUGGCAGGGGCUACGCCGCGUGCUGCAUGGCGAGCAGGCGGGUCACGGGGAUGACCAGGUUUUCAAGAACCUGACUUCAGAGGCGGCGCGUAAGCGCGAGGUGGCACUUCUUGUCGAGGCUCUGAGCAAGGAAUUCGGCCACCUGGGUCUCUUUUUUCAUGAUGUCUAUGGUGGAAGCUGCAUUGCUCUUGCGUUUCAACCCGAGGCUAAGGUGAAUCGCCCGUUUGCGUUGGCAGAUCUUCAGGAUGCCGCCCCUCAUGAGCAUGGUGAGGAGGUAUCUUUGAACGUGGGUGCUGUUGCCACCUUCAUGCAAGCAAUUUGUGGCGAUGCUGUUGCAAUCGUGACCGUGCAGCACACUGCUUAG